ACAGUCAUAGUCUUCAUCUGCAGUGUUUGAAGUUUCAGAUUGAAAUUGCCGAUUCAUUCGCCGAUGGAUCAAUUCAGAAAUCAACCGCGGCUCCCGAAAUUUGCCGUUCCAAAACGAUACGACAUCAGCCUCAAACCGGACCUCUGUCUCUGUAAAUUCUCUGGUUCUGUAGCAAUCGAUGUCGAUAUCCUUUCCGAUACUCGAUUUUUGGUGCUCAAUGCUGCCGACCUUCAUGUCGAUGAUGCUUCUGUUUCCUUCAAGCAUCGGAGCUCCUCCAAGAUUUUCCAGCCUUCAAGUAUUCAAGCUUGUGAAGAGAACCAAAUUUUUGUUUUGGAGUUUGCAGAGACGCUACCAACUGGGUCAGGAACAUUGUCUAUCAAUUUCGACGGAAUCUUGAAUGAUAAAAUGAAAGGAUUCUAUAGAAGCACUUAUGAGCACAAUGGUGAGAAGAAAAAUAUGGCUGUUACACAAUUUGAACCUGUUGAUGCUAGACGUUGCUUCCCUUGCUGGGAUGAACCUGCUUUUAAGGCUACAUUCAAAAUCACGUUAGAUGUACCAUCUGAACUAAUAGCACUUUCCAACAUGCCAAUUAUUGAAGAAAAAGUGAAUGGGCAUCUAAAGACGGUUACAUAUCAAGAAUCACCAAUUAUGUCCACAUAUUUAGUGGCCAUGGUUGUUGGUUUAUUUGAUUAUGUGGAAGAUCAUACAGUUGAUGGGGUGAAAGUUCGUGUAUACUGUCAAGUUGGAAAGGCAAAUCAAGGAAAAUUUGCGUUACAUGUCGCUGUGAAGACUCUUGACCUAUACAAGGAAUAUUUUGCUUGCCCAUACUCCCUGCCAAAACUCGACAUGAUUGCAAUUCCAGACUUCGCUGCUGGGGCCAUGGAAAACUAUGGUUUAGUUACCUACAGGGAGACUGCUUUACUUUAUGAUGAUCAGCACUCAGCAGCUGCCAACAAACAGAGGGUGGCAACCGUCGUGGCUCAUGAACUUGCACACCAAUGGUUUGGAAACCUUGUAACUAUGGAGUGGUGGACACAUUUAUGGCUGAAUGAAGGAUUCGCAACAUGGGUGAGUUAUUUAGCUACUGAUAGCUUGUUUCCAGAAUGGAAAGUAUGGAAUCAAUUUCUUGAAGAAUCAAAUCAUGGUCUUACGUUGGAUGGUCUUGCUGAAUCACAUCCUAUUGAGGUUGAGAUAAACCAUGCCAGUGAGGUUGAUGAAAUAUUUGAUGCAAUUAGCUAUAGAAAAGGUGCAUCUGUUAUUCGAAUGUUACAAAGUUAUCUCGGUGCCGAGUGUUUUCAGAAAUCACUUGCUUCGUACAUUAAAAGGCACAGUUGCUCAAAUGCAAAAACUGAAGACUUGUGGGCUGCACUUGAGGAGGGGUCUGGUGAACCUGUGAACAAAUUAAUGAGUUCCUGGACUAAGCAACAAGGAUAUCCUGUUGUCACAGUCAAAGUGAAAGAUGAGAAAUUGGUGUUUGAGCAGUCAAGAUUUUUGUUGAGUGGUUCCUGUGGAGAGGGGCAAUGGAUUGUUCCCAUAACAUUGUGUUGUGGCUCCUAUGAUGUGCGCAAGAAUUUUCUGUUGCAAACGAAGACAGAAUCUGUUGACAUCAAGGAGUUCCUCGGUUGUUCCUUCAGAAAAUGGGAUGGUGGAAAUGAUAAAUCUUGUGAUUGGAUAAAGCUUAAUGUGGAUCAGACUGGUUUCUACCGGGUGAAGUAUGACACAGAUCUUGCAUAUAAGCUUAGAAAUGCAAUAGAAAAAGAUCAUUUGACUGCAACUGACAGAUUUGGUAUUUUGGAUGAUGCAUUUGCCCUUUCUAUGGCUUGCCAGCAAUCAGUUACUUCUUUGUUUACCUUAAUAAGUGCUUACAGAAAGGAACUUGACUAUACUGUGUUAUCGAAUUUGAUCAGUAUAAGCUAUAAACUUGAAAAAAUUGCGGCUGAUGCAAUUCCUGAGGCCCUGGUCAACAUCAAACAAUUUUUCAUCAACAAUUUCUACUUUGCAGCAGAAAAACUGGGUUGGGACCCGAAACCAGGCGAAAGCCAUCUUGAUGCAAUGUUGAGAGGAGAAAUAUUGACGGCUCUUGCUCUGUUCGGUUGUGAAUCAACAAUAAAAGAAGCGAAUAGGCGAUAUCAUGCAUUUUUAGAUGACAGAAGUACGCCACUCCUCCCACCUGAUAUUAGAAAGGCUGCAUACGUGGCGGUAAUGCAGACAGUCAGUACUUCAAACAGAUCUGGUUACGAAUCACUUUUAAGAAUUUAUAGAGAGACUGAUCUUAGCCAGGAGAAAACACGCAUUUUAAGUUCCUUGGCAUCUUGUCCAGAUCCUAACAUCAUUCUGGAAGUUCUCAACUUUUUGUUGUCGUCUGAGGUUCGUAGUCAAGAUGCUGUUUUUGGACUAGGGGUUAAUUGGAAAGCACGGGAAACAGCUUGGACAUGGCUGAAGGCGAAGUGGGAAGAAAUCUCAAAAAUCUUCGACUCCGGGUUUCUGAUCGGACGCUUUGUCAGUGCCACAGUCUCCCCGUUUGCGUCGUACGACAAAGCGAAGGAAGUUGAGGAGUUCUUUGCAAGCCGUGUCAAGCCAGGGAUAGCCCGAACAUUGAAGCAGAGCAUCGAGCGUGUUCACAUCAAUUCAAGAUGGGUUCAGAGCGUUCAGAAGGAGCAUGAUCUUUCUAGAGUUGUACAAGAGCUAGGGUUGGAUGAAUGCAUUUUAUCACGUAUCACUGAAUAGUGAAUAUGAAGCGUCUUUGAAAGCAAGGCUCCUGCGAUGUUUUAGUUGUCUCGGUUAGAUUUAUGAACUUCAAUCAAUUCCACAACCCCAUAAUAAUAAAGUGGAAUGAAGAAGUUUUCUUUACUGUAAUGUUUCCUCCUGACUGCUUGCCCCCAGCAAAACAGCCUUUACUUUGGUUGCACAUUCAAUAAUUUAAUAUGAAGUCGUGCUUCUUCUAAGGUUAAUUA